AUGGAAUCAGAAAAUUUAACUGAAAAAGAGGAUCUUGAUAUAAAAAGGAAAUUCCUUGAAGCUGACAGUAUAAUCAAAAAAACAGAGUUAAAAACUUUAUCAAUGCUUCAAAGUAACUAUUGUAGUACAUUAAUUGAUGUACGAGAAAUAACAAAGAAAGCAGUAUCUACUCAAUUUAGUGGCUUUAGUGGCUCUAUUACGAUGCACUCUGGAAGUUCAACUAAUGAACUCCCAUCUAAAAUGACCGAUUUAUUAG